AUGGCGGACAACAACAAAAUUGGGUUGGUUGAUACCGGUGCCCGAAAGCAGUUGGCUGAACGGGACACUGGUUUGGAUGAUGAGAAAGUUUUUGGUUUGAAUUCUGCUGGGUGGUUGUUGUUCCAUUGGUGUUCAUCAGCCGUUUUUGUUGUUUUAUUGAAUCUGAAGCUGAUUCCUGUUACUGCUCCACUGUUGUUGGCCAUUGACUCCAUAUUUCUUUGUUUCUUUUUCGAUUUCCAGCUUUCUGUUAUGAGUUCAGCCUUACUACUUUGUUUUAUGGUGCUUUAUAGCUUAGUUCAGUUAGUAGCAGUAGUACCAGUAGUACCAGUAGUAGUACCAGUAGUACCAGCAGUAGCAGCAGUAGCAGCAGGAGCAGCAGGAGCAGGAGCAGCAGGAGCAGGAGCAGGAGCAGAAGCAGCAGGAGCAGCAGGAGCAGCAGCAGCAGCAGGAGCAGGAGCAGGAGCAGCAGCAGCAGGAGCAGCAGGAGCAGCAGCAGCAGCAGCAGGAUGGAAAUUUCGAACAAAAAUGCCUUUUCGAAGGUUCUGCGGCCGCACAAUUCCAUGUGCAGUCCGCACCUUUCUUCAACUUGACAGGAUUGGAACUUUGCGGCCGCAUAAUUCUGAACUGCAGCCGUAUUGCUCUCUUUUUGCUAUCCGCAUAAAAUGUUUUCGGCAUUGUAGCUUUUCUUCUGCGGCCGCACAAUAA